ACCAACUCUUUGAUGUUUUGGUUUCGGUUUGUUCGUGAAAUUGUUUUAUAAAAGUUCCGGUUAAAAAGGCCUAAAAAUGACGAACCAAGAGCGUGGUUUGCUGCGCAAAAUGGAUUUUCCCGAUAUGGCCCGGGAUGCUCUGCCCAUCAUCGAGAAUCUCAUCAUCAAUCGCAACAAACACGAUAUGGCGAUGGAUCUGAUCAGUGAGUUUGUGUUCCGGGAGCGCCGAGAUGAACAGCGACCCACCCCACAAUACCCGAAGCUGCCAACGGCGGUUCCGCGCUUGUCUUCGAUCGAAGAGUUUCAGCUCGUGCUGGUGCUCUGUGAAUACUUUGCACGCCCUGGGCCGGAUGCGACCCGGAAUGCGGUGUUUCUUUCGCUGUUCGGUGGUUCUAACACCCGCACCAGUGUGCUGAACAAGCUUAUCAGUACGGCCGUUUCCGGCUCGAUCGCUCCGCUCCUGUGUGCGGCGGGAACGUGGAUGCAACAGUUGGGUUGCACAUCUCCGGCCAGUCUGGAACUGGCGCAAUGUAUUGUGCGGGAUUUUGUGAUCUUCUCGAAGAAAUCCUCGGAACAAUUGAAGUCGCUGCCACUGGUAGCGCCCCGGUUUGCCGCCAAUCUGAUGACCGCCGUCUGCGAUCUGUACCUGAAUGGUGUGGGGAAGGAACAGUUGGAAGCACCGCCCGAUCUGCUGCUGGAGGUUAUCACGGAAUGGGUUUCGGAGACGCCUUCUCUGUGUCUCGCUUCUCAGCAGCAACCUGCACUGCCGAGCGGAGCCAUCGCAAUGCCAGUCACGACUCCGCUGGCCGGGCUAAUCCGGUGGUGUGUGCUUUCGUUGCUGAUCACCGAGCGGCAGGAGCUGUACAGUAAGCUGCAUCUGGCCGUUUUGCAAUCGCUGCUUGAAGCGACACCUCCCGUAACGACACCACCGACCCUGCAACCAAUAAAUGCGCAACAUUUGACGCUCAUCGUCAACACGGUUCAGACCGAGAUGGAAAGCCUGGCGAAGCUGGGACACAGUCUCAACGGGGAGCAGCUGCAGAGUUGCCUGGAACGGUUCGCGCAAGCCAUUCAAGUCGGGCUCACAUCCCGGUGUGUGUUUGGAAAUGUUACUCAGUUGAUCUUUCGGCUGGAAUCACUGUCCGGCAAGAACAAACUGCUCCAGAUCGUCAUCAAUGCUAACAAAGCGAGUUAAUCAGUGUCCAAUAAAAAAAAAACGUA